UGACGUCAUCCCUGCGCCGCCGCGGCCGAAACAGGAAGCGGGAGCAAAACAAAGGCGCGGCCGCGGGGAGCGGUCCUGCCAGUCUCGGCUCUCGGCGCCCCCGGCCAGCCGCCCACCUGGGCCCACCGACCAUGUCCAACAUGGAGAAACACCUGUUCAACCUCAAGUUCGCGGCCAAAGAGCUGAGCCGCAGCGCCAAGAAAUGCGACAAGGAGGAGAAGGCGGAGAAGGCCAAGAUCAAAAAGGCCAUUCAGAAGGGCAACAUGGAAGUGGCGCGCAUCCACGCCGAGAACGCCAUCCGCCAGAAGAACCAGGCGGUGAACUUCCUACGCAUGAGCGCGCGCGUGGACGCCGUGGCCGCCCGCGUCCAGACGGCCGUGACGAUGGGCAAGGUGACCAAGUCGAUGGCCGGGGUGGUCAAAUCCAUGGACGCGACGCUGAAGACCAUGAACCUGGAGAAGAUCUCCGCGCUCAUGGACAAGUUCGAGCACCAGUUCGAGACGCUGGACGUCCAGACGCAGCAGAUGGAGGACACGAUGAGCAGCACCACGACGCUGACCACUCCCCAGAACCAGGUGGAUAUGCUGCUCCAGGAGAUGGCAGACGAGGCCGGCCUCGACCUCAACAUGGAGCUGCCGCAGGGCCAGACCGGCUCGGUGGGCACCAGCGUGGCCUCGGCCGAGCAGGACGAGCUGUCCCAGAGACUGGCCCGCCUCCGGGACCAGGUGUGAUGACCGGCGCCGCCUCCGGGCCGAGAGCGGGCGGCGCGCCCCGGGAGCCGCCGAGCGGAGCCCAGUGCUGGAAGCGCCUGUUGGAAGACGCUGCUGCCUUGGGGGUCACGGCGCGCUCCGGGUCGUUACGGAGCCCCUUCCGGCUCUCCCCACUCUUCUCAGAGUCUUCAGUUCUCUGUGGGUUGUGAUGUGUAUUUUUCUAGCUACCCUUUAAACAGCUAAUUAAGUGUAUAUGAAUCCUCCCAAAAAUUCGGUCGAAACGAUCGUUUCCCCUGUAUCCUGUUUUCUGCUCUAAUUUAAGUGCUUUUUUUCCCCCUAUUUACUCAGUAAUAUCUAAAACCGACAUACGGUACAUAACUACUAAGGGGAGGAAAAUGAUUCGUUAUUUAAUGGAGUUUACUGUGUUGUUUAUUGACAGCAGAUUGAAGCUGCAUUCGAUUGUUAAUCUGAACUAGCAUACUAAAAUUUGUACACUUAAUACUCACUAUAUGGUUAUAAAUUUUUUUGUGUGGUCGUGGAUUUUUUUUAACAACUGGAAAAUGCCACCUAUUUAUUUAUUUUAAGGAAAAAUUCACUCACUUGUAGUUUUUAUUUUCUAAAGAGUUUCUCGAAAGACAGGCUGUAAUGUGACCACCAUUUCUUUCAGAUGGACUCUGAAAGAUAGUAUUUCUUGUUACUUUCCUAUUUCAACACUUGAAUCACAUCCUAAAAUAUGUUAACUAACAUGGAUUUACUCACUCUAACAUUGCCAAAGAACUGUUGGUUGGUUGAAGAAACUCCCAGAACUCGUGUGUGUGUGUGUGUGUGUGUGUGUGUGUGUGUGUGUUUUGUUUUGAUUAUGGCAACUAAAAGUGAAAAGAUUAGAACUAUUUUUUAAGUUCUAAUUACUGGUAUUUGUCUUAAAGCAACAGUGCUUUAAAAACCUUAGUUAGUGCUUAAAAAACUUAUAUUUGAGUGUUUCUUUGGCAUGCAAAUAAUUAAAAGCAGCCAGUGGGAAGAAGGAUAAGGACAGGAUUAGACAGCAGGCCUUGACAUAAGCCAAAGCCCAGUUGUGUUCCCCAUCUCUAUAGGAGUGACAGCUUCUGGUCUUUGGCUAAAAAGCAAAGCUACCACUUUUUCAAGGUUAACAGUGAUUUAUGUUUUCCUCAGCAAGUAUCUUAACCUAAGUUAAAUACUUAAGAAUUUCUUUUAAACCGUCUUUUCCUUCACUGCAAGAUUUCUGGUGUUUCAGGAAAUAAUUGUUGGCAUUCCACAAGCCCUUGAAAAGAUUCGUAACCAAGAAUUCAUUAUAACAUGUUUGAGCGAGUGGAAAAAAAAAUACAACAGGUAUAUGCAGAUGAGGACUGACCCUCAUAUUUAAGUGUCUUUACAGCUGACUGGGUAUUUCAAAAUCUUCCUUGUAAGGCACCUGUUGUUUAUCUACCCAACUUUGUAAUUUCUAGAAUUUGCCCACCUUGAGUGUCUCAUCUAUUCCAAUGGUUACACAGAGACAGCUGUAAAAUAUUCAGCAUGUGUAAUAACUCCUCUAGACUUUAAAAAAAAAAUUACAACUUUAAAAUUGCUUAGUGCUAAACCCUUUGUUAAACUGAUCCUUUUAUAUUAAAAAUAUUCCCAACAAAGUGAAUAUAUUUUGUGAGAUUGAACAAUGCUUGAAUAUGCUUGAACUUUCUUAAUAUAUGUUCAUUUUGCUCUAUAUGAAUGUACAUUUUUACAGUCCAUAAAUAUUAUUUUCAAAAGCAUACCAAGCCCAUGAAUUAAUUCCUUACUUUUAAUGAAACAACUGAGAUGUAAAUCACAAAAGUUUGUCAAAUAAACCAUUUUAAACAGUACAGUA